AUUCGCGGUCGUUCUGGAUGUCACCACAUCCGUCACAGAGAAGGACCCUGGGUGCCAACAUCAAAGCUUUUGCACAAAUAUCCAUUUUGUUUGCCGUGGCAACAAGUUGACAAAGGCGCCAUCAGAUUUGUCCUGAGUGGUGCCAACAUCAUGUGUCCUGGUUUGACUUCUCCGGGAGCGAAAAUGACCUCUGCUGAUAAAGGAACUGUGGUCGCAAUUAUGGCUGAAGGAAAGCAACACGCACUUGCAGUCGGAAUAACGUCUCUCUCCACACAAGAAAUAGCUAGCGUCAACAAAGGGAUUGGCGCAGAAAAUUAUCACUACCUUAAUGAUGGGCUGUGGCAGAUGAAACCGGUGAAGUAACUUCGUAUUUUUAUUACUGUCUAAAUAAAUCUGGAUUAACUCAAA